GUAGUCGUACGAUUUUAAAAUCAUAUCACUCGCUAAAGGAUAGCUAUUACAUAUAUGCUGAGGAGGCUGAAACAAUUACUUUACAUUGUCUGAGUGGAUUUUUUUCUCCCCAACAACUGUCUGCUCAUGUCAACGUAAAACUUAGAUGCAACGAUGGACACUGGCGAAGGAUCACGGUCACGGUGUAGAAUUUGAAUGCAAAAAAGUCGCAUGGAAUUUAUACGAAAGCUUAGAAGCAUUUCGUUGGUGCCCAGAAUUUGCCGCUUCGUAUAUAAUAGGAAAGAAAAACGUGAAUAAAUCGCCAACACACAUUGCUGGAUUAUGCUACGAUACUGAAAGAUUUCUAUUAAGUUCGAUCGCAUACAACACACAACCCGAUGACUUCAAUUUUAUUAAAACAAAAUUUGACCUUAGAAACUACUCUUUUGGAAAGGAAGUUAAAAAUUUUCGGUCUAUACAGGAAGAAGGGUUAACGCCUCUUCUCUUUGAGGAUAAACAAUUUCAAGAUUGGUUUACUUUCGGAAACUUUCAUUAUGCUCCGCUCGUUGAAAAUAUUAAGUUAAAAGACAUAACACAAAAAUUUAGCUCUCUAGUAAAUGUAACUUGGUGGUCAAACUUACGUUUAGGUAACUGGAAGAAAUAUCGAAACGCUUUGGAGAAGCAUACAAUCAAGGCCGCUUAUAAUGUUAUUAGCGGUGUUGGAGGAAAACUAGAAGUGCCGGAUAGCAGUGGUUGCGACAACACUACCGAAAUGAAGGUUUUAGUGGAUAAAUACGAUCGUCAUAUACCGGCUUACAUCUGGAAUUAUUUGGAGCCGAUAGAGAAUACAAGCAAAGAGUUUGCGAUCAUAGCAUUCAACUCACCGUUUUAUGAGUUCUAUAAAAAGGACGACAUUGUAUUUUGCGAAGAUAUUUGUCACGAAAUUGAUUGGUUAGCAAACGCACGUUCUACAUUCCAUUACGUUAACAUGGGCGUUAUGUUUUGCUGUCGGACUGAUGAAGCACAAAAAUUCGAGCGCUUAGAACACUUUCCCAAUUUAUUAUUGAAAAAUGACACUGCAUACGUCACGUCAGCGUUAGGCUUGCUGAAUUGAUUAUUACGGAAGCUGUCUUAUUUUGCAAUUAUUUCGGCGCACUAGUGGUAACAGUCUUUAACUUAUGCGAUAUGUCGAAAUAUAAAUAUUUUUAUUAAAUUGUAAAAUAUACAAUGUCACUGAGUGUUCAUUAUAUUAACGGAUCUAAAUGUCGCUAUCACCCAGAAUUCCAAAAAAUUUGGAAAGCUCUUUCCGUUAACGCAAUCUUCUGCUAUUCGGCAAUAAACAAAGUCUCAAUAAGCCGCAAGUACAGUUUAUGCCCAACAAAUUAACUCAUCCAAGGCCAACCGUUAAAUACGCUAUCCGACUUUUUAGCGAGCUUUCCAAAAUAUGGUGUUAUACGAAAAAUGAUCGAAAAUUGAUGCUUGCAUGCCAAGCAUACCAAGUUUAGUCAAAUUCCUGGAUCAGUUCGUUUAAGACAAAAAUAGACCGACCGACUUGAAUCAGUUUAAAUGUAAAUGAUUUAGCCAGUACAAUAAACGAUCGAUGAAAGUUUCAGGUCCUUCUGGGAGGUGCUUAAUUGAUGUGCAUUAUGAAUAUAGGGAACUUUUCAAUAUGAGAAUAAUGCAGUAUCGUAAGUUAAUUAAAUAUAGGAACAAGUAAAAACAUUAUAAUGGGCCACUGCCUCUUAUUGGAAAGACUACACCGCUUUACUUAAUACAGUUUUUCAUAUAAUGACUAUUAAAAUUACAGUCUCAUACGGGAAGUGGGCGAAAAAGUGAUUCGAUCUGAAUCAUUUUCAGUAACGCUCGAAAAUUGCGGCCUGCAGGUUCUGAAAUUUUGCGACCUGCGGGUUGAAUAAACGCAUAUAAAACUGACUGACAGACAGACAAGAUAAGAACGAAUCAGACAGCGAUUCUGAAUUGAUUGGCAUGGAUGUUGCAAUAAGUGGGGUAGGGUAUAAAUACAGCAAAUAGCAUAACUACCUUGAAAUGUAAUUAAUAACUACUCAUGAUAAAUUUUCUUAGUAAAACCAAAUAUAUUGAAGAGGUUCAUCUUUAUCUUCCUUUGGAAAUUCAUCUACAUGUGUCCAGGUGUAGAAAUGGGUACACUAGAUGAAUCCUUAUGAAUGUAAUAGACGCCAGAGAUUAAAUUCUUCGUUUGUGCGAGAUUGUGGAUCGGUUUAGUAAUAUGCCUUCUUCGUUAUUCGAGUAAGUUUAGUACAUAUGUGGACCGUGCAAAGAGCACACAAAUGACCAAAAAGCAUGUGUUGGAAUGAGUGUCUUUUAUCUGCUCUACCACAAGCCACGCAACAAAGUAUGAUAUAAAGGUCGGACGUCAAGCAAUCAGACGGAUGGGUGGUAACGACAUUAAAACGAUAAGACUGUUUUGUUUUUGUACACUUCACACCACUUAUGGUACAGCGUCAAUUAAGUUUCUGCAGACAUAUGUAACAUGCAGAAGGGCAUAAGAUGAAUGCAUCUUUUAUCUCUCCCUCUUUCUCUAUUCAUUUUCUGCAUUGAUCUAAGCCUGUUUAUCCGUUUGAAUUCUGUCCUUAUAAAUUGUUCUCCAAUUACAGGUCGCAAUUUUUGAGAUAUUUUGAUGAAAUUUGGUACACUAACGUGUUUCGACAUAAGGGUGAACGUUGUUGAAAAUAGUUUGGAUCGUUCCACUUUUUUGCCCACUUCCCACAUAACGCCCUAUUUUGAAAAGUCGUUAUAUGAAAAAAUUGCAAUUUUCAAAAUCUCUUCUAAAUUGAUGUGAAAAGCUUAGGCGAGCUCGGGCAAUAUUUUGUACUCCCUCCCUUUUAUAUAAGGAAAACUGAAGUUCAUAUGACAAAAAAGUUUAACAU